CCCUCCUUCUUACUUCGGUCACGCUGUCGUUCGGCACCGGCUCCCUGCCCUGACACCGAAACUCGUCAAAAUGAAGAUCUGGGCGUCAGAGCACGUAUUCAACCAUCCCUGGGAGACGGUGACCAAAGCAGCUAUGCAGAAAUACCCCAACCCCAUGAACCCCAGUGUGUUUGGAGUGGACGUGCUGGACAGAAGUGUGGACACAGCCGGACGCCUCCACAGCACCAGACUCCUGAGCACCGAAUGGGGACUGCCUGCUAUAGCCAAGUCGAUAAUUGGUGUAACACGAACGUGCACAUAUGUCCAAGAGCACUCGAUAGUGGACCCUAAAGAGAAGAUGUUUGAACUGCAAUCCACAAAUAUCUCCUUCACAAAUCUAGUAUCAGUCGAUGAGAAGUUAACCUACAAACCACAUCCACAAGACCCUCAAAAGACGGUGCUGACGCAGGAGGCUCUAAUUAGUGUGAAGGGGGUCAGUCUAAGCAGCUACCUCGAGGGGCUCAUGGCCAACACCAUCUCCACCAACGCAGGAAAGGGCCGGGAGGCAAUGGAAUGGGUGAUCCGGAGACUCAACAGUGAAAUCGAAGAACUGGCAGCAACGGCGAGAGGGACAAUUCGAGCUCCAAUGGCUGCUGCAGUGACCGACAAAUGACCAUCCCCCUUUCUCUCCCUCCUCCUUUUCUGUCUCUCCUCCACGUCUCCUUUCAUGAACCAAUGGACUAUAGAUGCACAAGCCCUCUCUUCUUCUACAGUCUCAGCCCGACAACACGACCCCGACACAGCCAUCUUUGUAUUGUUGAGCUAGUGACGGGUAGAACUUGGAGGCUCAUGAAGUUGUGAUUGCCAAGCUGUUCUUGAAUUCACUCAGUGCCUACACAUACUUCUUCUUCCACACAUUUCUUCCAUCUUGUCUUUCAUAUCUGUAACAUCCCUUGUUCAUCAUUUCUAUAGCAACAAAAUGGCUGACUCAUUCUAGACCUUGAAUCUGGUAUUAUCCUAAACUGGACACAAACAGUUAAACUAAGAUUUGUAAAACAGAAGAUUGAUAUUCUGAAUUCAAAUCAAAGUUGUUGAAAAUGCCAAUAUGGGGAAUACUUGUAUCAAUAAGUUAAUAUAGAUACACAUUUGGCACAAAAAUCAACAACUACUAAAUUAUAUCACUACUAUCAUUAUAUCUUUUUUUUUUUUUUUUUCAAAUCAAAAAAACCGUUUAUCAGAAAUUUCUGGUGUGCCAAAUUUAUAUUUUUUCCAAAUAUUUAUCCAGUUGUAUAAAUAUACUCAAACUGCUGAAGGAUUAGUUUACACAAAACUGACAUAUCUGAAUUACUAUUUUAAUUUGGUGGUAGUAGGACGGCAGCUUUCUAAAAGUUCGAAACACUGAUAAAAAUUUUAUCCAAGAUCUAAUAAGCCCUGGUUAAUUUUACAUUUGAAUCACUGUUUUUAAUAUGGACAACUUUCCACCAGAAUUUAUUUUAAAUUGUAAUAAUUUAGUACUUCUAUAAAUAGAAGUUUGAUUUCAAUUUACUAUAUUCAAAAUUAUAGCCCUAAAAAUCCACUAUUUACUAUACCACCAUUUACAAAAUCGAAAAACAAAACCUGGGAAUAGCUGACUGCUUUAUCAUGUAAACUGUAUUUUUUAAAACUCUCAUUAGAAUAUAAUUUAAUUAUGGCCUUCAAUAAAUAACUGUAGAAUUAACUCCUAUAUGCAGGGGAGGUUUCUUCUCCCAAGCCCUCAAAUUUUUGUCGACAGGCCUGCCUAUACUGCAGGGUGCCAUACCUCUCCAACAAAUUAAAAUAAUUACUACUACUUAAGUCCUUGUGCAGGCGCUGGUCAGUCUGCCCAUAUGAACUUUUCACUAUUCUUGGUCUGUUUGUGUUAUAGAUUGUGCAUACUUGAAUGUUUAAGUUAUUCUGAGAUUAACGUGGAAGGCUGUGAAGAAAUCAGUUUGCAUUUUCCAUAGUGUUGUAAUGCAAUUCAACUUUGUCAGGUUAAUAUGAAUGGUAUAGUUAAUAUGAAUAAGUGGCAUUGGCUGUUAACUAUUUAAAAAAUCCUUUUUUUUUUAAAGCAAAGUUUCAGUAUUUUGAAAAUGUGAAAACCUGCUUUCAUUUAUACUUAUAAGUACUUUGGGUUUGGAGAAGUAGACAGGAGCACAUCUCAACCAAAAAUGCUGCUAAAAUACUACUAUUAUUACUAGUACUAUUACUGCUACUUUUAAAACUACUGUACUCCUUUGCUAUCUAUUUCUACCUAAGGUUGUCAAUGCCUGUUCCUUAAUUGGUAGUAAUUUGCCAUAGAAUGCAGGGUUUAUGACAGAUAACCCUCCUGACACAACCAUCUUUUUAUUGAGAUUAGAAACUAGUACAUUGGCUUUAUUGGCAUCUGUUUGUUUUACAGUAACAAGAAAUGUAUUUGUUGCUUGAAUUUUUAACAAUUUAUUCUGUAAUUUAUUUAUUAUAGCCUGUUAUAUUUAACACAAGCUCCACAAUGUGCCUUGUCUGUGUUUCGAUAUGGAAACAUUGCUCCACACACUCUUGCUCCUGUCUGCUUCUUCAUACACAAUACUAAUUCACAUUAGGUUGCAUUCACAUGAUGUAUACUUUCUACUCAUGCCUUUUCAGGUAAAUGAUUCCUUCCUGAUUUGAAUAAUUUUGUGAGAGCUUUUGCAGAUGUUUUUAUUUGAAUUGCUUUAUUGCUGUAACAACGGAGGACCAAAUCCUCCUAAUCUAAUCUGGAAGGAAUUCCUGUGCCUGAGACCCACAGAUAAGUUAAAACUGAGUUGGAAGACAGUUUUCAGAAUUCUAUGGUAGAUAUAAAUAUACCAUUUCAUCUGGUCUGGACCUAGCCACAUGAAACAGAAACUGAAAUUUUAUGAACUUCUAAUACAUGAAUGCAACCUGAGAAUUAAAAUUCACAGAAUACUGUGCUUUCUUCUGCUCUCUGACAGUAGUUUCAUAAUUCAUCAUUGCUCGCUCCUCAUCAGACAAGUCCAGUUUGUAAACCAUCUGUCCACUUUUAUAUGGACCUGUGUCAAUAAUGUUGGCUGUAAAUAUUGUCAUAUUUAUAUUUUCGGUGCUGUUACAUUCCACAAGUGUAAAAAAAACAAAGACAA